AUGUUGCACAGAGUGUUUCUAUUCCUCAAGCGUUGGUUACUCCAGAGAAUUCGAGGCAAGCCAAUGGGGAACAAACUGAACACAACUCGCAAGUCCUCAGCGAGGAAGACAAAUCUGAACGACUUUCUUCUUGAAGUUGCCAAGUCCAUCUUCACCGAUAUUUUUAACGUUGAUGUGGUGAUAGUGAAAAUCAUGAACUAUGCCCAGCGACUCGUGGACGCCGACAGGGCUUCCUUGUUUCUGGUGGACGAGAAGAAACACGAGCUCUACGCCCGAGUCUUCGACGUGGGUCUGACAUGCAGCACUUACCGAGACUUGGCUGCUCUCGAUCUGGAAGAGGCUCUCAAGCUAUCCUCCAUACGGGAGAUCAGGUUCCCCAUUUCUAAAGGCGUGGCCGGAUACGUGGCCACCACAGGAAACAUUCUCAAUAUCAAGGACGCCUACAAAGAUGACCGGUUCAACCCUGAAGUUGAUAUUGUGACUGGCUACAAGACAAAGAGCAUUCUAUGCAUGCCUAUCUUCAUCCGUGGCUCUGUAAUAGGGGUCGUGGAGAUGGUCAACAAAACCCAUGGCUCUUUCACCAAAGCUGAUGAAUACGCAUUCGAGUUGUUCGCCGUUUACUGCGGUCUGGCCUUGUUUCACGCGGAGCUCUACGAGAAGAUCUGGAGAUCUGAGAAGAAGUAUAAAGUAGCGCUGGAUGUUCUCUCCUACCACAGUCAGGCUACAAUCGAGGAGCUACGGGAACUCAGACAGAAGCCGAUCCCGACCUGCUUGCCGUCCAUCACACACUACAGCUUCUCGCCCUGGCACGUCUCCGAGAGCAACAAGCCUGUCUACUGUCUGUACAUGUUCAAGAAGCUCUUUGGGUCACGCAGGUAUGACCUGGAUGAUGUGAUGCGCUUCACCCUGACAGUUCGCAAGAACUACCGGAAGGUGCCCUACCACAACUGGUCGCACGGCUUCGCUGUGGCCAACACCAUGUUCACCAUCAUUGAGACCAGCCAGCAUCAGCUCAACUCGCUAGAGUGUCUGACCCUGUUUGUGGCCUGCCUGUGCCAUGACUUGGAUCACCGAGGUAAGACCAACCAGUACAUGAUUCAGAGCUCUUCUCCCUUGGCGGCCGUCUACACAACCAGCACCCUGGAGCAUCACCACUUCAACCAGACUGUCACCAUCUUGCAGAAUGAAGGUCACAACAUAUUCAAGUAUCUGACAUCAGAACAGUACAAAACGGUUCUGGGGGACAUGAGGCGGUACAUUCUAGCUACUGAUAUCACAGCUUUCUUUGAGAAUCGGAUAGCCAUGGAGAAGAUUCUGUCUACGGGGCACUUCAGCUGGGACACCAUACAUCACAGAAAUGUGCUGGUUGCCCUGCUGAUGACCGCCUGCGACCUGUGCUCCGUGUUCAAGCCCUGGCACAUCCACAGGCAGCUGGUCUACGACAUCAUGGAUGAGUUCUGGCUGCAGGGUGACGAGGAGAUCAUGUCAGGACUGGUACCUACUGACCUCAUGGACCGGAGAAAGAAGGCAGCUUUACCCAAACUUCAGGUUGAUUUCACCAAGUCCAUCUGUCUGCCCUGCUAUGUUCUUGUACACCGCUUGCUUCCCGAUACCAAACCAAUGCUGGACGGAUGCACGACUAACCUGAAGAACUGGCAGAAGCAAGCCGAUGACAGCGGGGGUACCGAAGUUUGA